CGAAGAAGAAAGAGUCUGAGAGAAACGAGCAUGGCUGGAAGUGUGAGCAGCACUGCUGCCCCCAUAACAAGCUCCCUGUCCAAACUGCAGGCUUUGAAUGGAUUGUUUGCGAUUUAUAAAAAACAAGGACCGACGUCUGCUGACGUGUUGAACACGCUCAAAGAAGCCUUACUCAAAGAAGCGGGAGUUAAGACGAGCAACCCUCGGAAGAGGAAGAACCAGCAGCUGAAACUGGGUCACGGAGGGACGUUAGACAGCGCUGCCAGCGGGGUGUUGGUUGUCGGUGUUGGAAAUGGAACUAAAAUGCUCAGCAAAAUGUUGGCUGGGUCAAAGAAAUAUGUUGCUGUAGGAGAACUGGGAACAGCUACAGACACUCUAGAUGCCACAGGGUCAGUGAUUUUAGAGAAAGGCUUUGAACACAUAACCAGGCUAGACAUGGAGGACAAACUGAAAUCUUUUACUGGUGAAAUCAUGCAGGUUCCUCCACUCUACUCUGCACUGAAAAAAGACGGUCAGCGCCUCUCUGUCUUGUUAAAGCAAGGUCACAAGGUUGAGGCCAAGCCUGCAAGGCCUGUUACUGUGUACAGCCUGACCCUGCAGGAGUUCAGAUCUCCUCUCUUCACUCUGGAUAUUGAGUGUGGCGGUGGAUUUUAUGUCAGAAGUUUGGUGGAUGACCUGGGAAAAGCUUUGUCAUCAUGUGCUCAUGUGAAGGAGCUGAUCAGAACAAAGCAGGGUCCGUUCACCCUGCAGGAUCACGUCUUACGAGAGGAGCAGUGGACCCUGGAAAAUAUCCUUCAGUCUCUGCAGCCCUGCUCAGAAGGAGACCAGAUCCUGGACCCUCCAAAACUAGCAGAAACUAACACCUAAGGAUGACUGGGACCCUGAAGGAAAGGACCAGGCUUGGGUUGCAGUUUCCUUGAUGGUGGAAUGACUUGACCUGCUUGACUCGCGCAGUAAAGAGGCUCCUGGAUAACGAUAGUCAUGCAGCUUGUUUGAGUCUCACAUCCUUUUUGUGACUGACAUACAGUCUCAAGACGAAGCUGUAAUAAAAUUCAUAACCAGGUUUGGAACUCCACCUCAACCUCACUGUCAUCCCAGAGCUGCAUGAACUGCAACACCGCUUUACUUCUUGUACAAAGAAAUACUGUUCUGUUGGAUCUUGUUUCUGUUGAUUAGUCUCUUUGGGUAUUUGUUCUGUUGUGGGGGUGAUGCUCAGUGGAAGAGUGGUUGUUUUCAGAGGGCACGUCUGUAUUCUUCUUAAUAAGUUACAAU